AUGGAAGACAGAAACAAAACCUUUGUGACAGAAUUCAUCCUUUUGGCUUUCUCCGAGUUCCAUCAGUAUCAGAUUUUACUUUUUACUGUUGUCUUAUUUGCGUACAUUGCUUGUAUUACUGGAAAUAUUACUAUAAUUCUGAUGAUUAUAGUGGAACAGUCUCUCCAUGUGCCCAUGUAUUAUUUUAUUAGCAUAUUUGCUGCUGAAGAAAUAUUAAUGGUUUCUGUUGUAAUUCCAAAGCUUUUAGCUAUCCUUAUGGCAGGUAAUCAGAAGAUAUCUUUUAUAAAUUGCUUUGUACAGCUAUAUAUAUUUAUUACCUUGGGACAAGUGGUAAGUAUUUGCAUCAUGAUAAUGGCCUAUGAUAGACACUUGGCCAUUAACAAGCCAUUGCAUUAUACAGUUAUUAUGAAUCGAACCCUCUGUAUAGGGCUGGUGAUUCUUCCAUGGAUUUUUAGCUUGUCUAGCUCUUUAAUUGUGACACUGUUUACAAUGUUUUUGGAUUUUUGUGGCCCUAAUAAGGUCAACAAUUUCUUCUGUGAAGUUUGUCCAUUGCAGAGUCUGGCAUGUUCAGAUACAUAUAUCAUCAAUACAGUGACAACCACCGCUGCCGCCAUAGCAACUGUCCUCCCAUUCAUUAUAAUUGUUGGGCUCUAUACCAAAAUCAUUAUGACUGUUUUCAAGAUAAAGAGUUCUUCGGGUAAACAGAAAGCUUUCUCCACAUGUUCAUCUCAUCUUAUAGUUGCCAUGUUAUUUUUCAUGACUGUCUUUAUUAUCUACCUUACUCCUUAUGACAGCCAACGUGAUAAAUAUUAUUCUCUCAUUUACUUUCUCAUUAAUCCGGUAGUCAACCCUUUUAUAUAUGCAUUAAGGAAUAGGGAUGUGAGAAAUAUUCUAAAGAAAUCGCGGCGUGUAAAAAUGUGUAUUCCUUUUAUUCACACAUGCAACAAAUCAGUCCACUUACUGGGAAUAUUUUUGGCCACUGGGAAUUCAUUUGCAUCGCUGCAUUUUGAGUUCCUGCUGGGUGUCUCAACGAUUUCUGGAAUUGUUCGUCAAACAUGUCAAGUGAUUUGGCAGCGACUCCUGGACACAGUGAUGCCAGAGCCCAAGGCUGAGGAUUGGAUCCGAAUUGCUGAGGGUUUUCAUCUAGAUGCGCAGUUUCCAAACUGCUUAGGGGCAAUGGAGGGCAAACACAUACGUGUUAAGAAGCCGCCUCCUGGUUCUACAACUUUUCAGUAG